GUCCUGGACACGUCGACACUUUCUUAAAAUUUCUAUAGCCGUAGAUUUGUUUAGCUUUUACAAGAAACUACAAGGGCAUCAUUUGUGAUUUGCUAAUAAAGGUUGAUAUUCUUCAGAUUAAUGAAAAAUGGAAGAUAAUCUUAUUCUAAUUACUGGAGGGGCUGGUUUUAUUGGAAGCCAUACCGCUGUUGAAGUGUUGAACGCUGGUUAUAAUGUUGUUAUUAUUGAUAAUUUAUGUAAUUCUUCUGAAGAUUCAGAAAGCAUCCGAAGAAUAAGAAAAAUCAGUGGGAAAGAAGUAAUUUUCUAUAAAGUUGAUCUGCUAGACAAGAAAAGCUUAGAAGAAGUUUUUGAAAAGCAUAAAUUUUGUGCAGUCAUGCAUUUUGCUGGUCUUAAAGCUGUUGGGGAAUCUGUGUCAAUCCCUCUGAAAUAUUACAAUAAUAAUAUUCAAGGGACAAUCCAUUUACUGGAGUCUAUGAAAAAACAUGGCGUAAAGAAUAUAGUGUUCUCAUCAUCGGCAACAGUCUACGGAGACCCACAAUAUCUUCCCUUAGACGAAAAACACCCUGCGGGUGGGUGCACAAAUCCAUAUGGAAAGACAAAAUAUUUUAUUGAAGAAAUACUUAAAGACGUUGUCAUUGCACAAAAGGAUUGGAAUGUGACAUCAUUAAGGUAUUUUAAUCCAAUUGGCGCACACAAAUCUGGGACGAUAGGUGAAGAUCCUCAGGGUAUUCCUAACAAUCUGACGCCCUAUAUCACGCAAGUUGCCGUCGGAAGAAGAACGCAUUUAAAUGUUUUUGGAAAUGAUUAUGACACGCCUGAUGGAACAGGCGUGCGUGAUUAUAUCCACGUUGUCGACUUGGCGUUGGGUCAUGUUGCCGCUCUUAGGAAAAUGAUUGGGGAUAACUGUGGAUUUAAGGUUUACAAUCUUGGCACGGGUCGUGGACAAUCCGUCUUGGAAAUGGUAAAGGCGUUUGAAAAAGCUUCUGGCAAAAAGAUUGCUUACAAAAUAGCUGGACGUCGUGCAGGGGACGUGGCGACGUGUUACGCUGACCCGUCAUUGGCUGAGAGAGAACUCGGGUGGAAAACUGAAAGAAGCUUGGAUGAAAUGUGCGAAGAUUCAUGGAGGUGGCAAAUUCAGAAUCCACAAGGUUUCCAAGAAGCAUAGCAGAACCAAAUCACAAUUCCUGAAACUGACAGGGCCGUGUCGCGAAAUUUCUAGGAAUUAUUCAGUUGGAAUGAUUCCCAGAAAUUUGGUUUAACAUUGCAUUUGAUGCGCAAUCACGACUCAAUCACGUACCGACACUAGCAAGCCGUAACUGAGUCAUUCUAGUUAGAUAAUUACAUCAAAAUACAAUAAAAAAUUCACCGCAAACUCGUCUCGUUGCGAGACUCAAAUUUUAGACUGUUCGUUCCUCGGAGAAUGUUCACCCAGUGUAUUCUGAUAUAUUGCCAAGUACCCGGGGCAGUUUCGUAGGAGGGGGUUCCUGGCAUCGGUAAAAGGGUAAACUGACUACCUAGGAGGGAUGUUAGAACCAACACCGUAUAUAGGAGUUGGUGUUUGUGAAGUUUCAACCAAAAAAUCUAAUCACUGGUUCACAAUUGUGCAUUUCUGUCGCAAAGAGAAAACUAUUGAAUAACUUUAAA